GGACGCCACCAGAGUCUUGAAUAAAACAUAAGGCUCCAUAUUGUACUGUAGGUUUGCAGACGAAACAACCGGAGCAUCUUUUAUAUACAGAGAAUUAACGCGUUAAUUCCGUGCGUUUGGUUAAGACACAGUGCUCUUUUAUAGGCUGUUGGUGAGAGACAGGAUGAGGUCGAGGUGUUUGUUGGCUCCAGUGAUGCUGAUGCUGAUGCUGAUGCUGCCUGUGGUUCAGCUGAUGAACGCAGAGCCAGACUCCGGCACUGUUAUUCCCUCUGAGAGUCGGCCAUGUGUGGACUGCCAUGCGUUUGAAUUCAUGCAGCGAGCACUACAGGAUCUGAAGAAGACGGCCUUCAACCUCGACUCACGAACUGAGAAUCUGGUGCUGAGAGCUGAGAGAAGGGCUCUGUGUGACUGCCUGCCCAUCAGCACCUUAAACUGAACCCUGAGCCUCGGAGCACCUUUCCAGCACCACUGGAGAGCUUCCAGACCAUCACACCAUCUUAUUAUGUACUUAUUCAUAUAAAAACUUGAACACUAGCUAAAUAUUCUGUUUUGACCUGUUUUACAUACUGCUUACAAAACACAAGACUGACAUGUUAAAGUUACAGAGCUGUAUGAGCCACUAUUAUUUUCCCAAUCACUAUAUCAGAACUUUCUCAUACAUCAUUUACUGUAUGUUUCUAUAAUAACUGUGGUGGUUAUAUAUGUAAUGCUGAAGCUAUAUUACAGUUCACAGUGAAAUGUGCGUAAUAUCACUGCCCCUUAAUGUCACACCUUUAAGGCUUUUAGUGUUACAUUCUCCAUAUAUUCCAAUAGAUAUGACUGAUAAGGGUUAGACAUGCAGCAGAUAGGUGUAUUUCAUUUUUAAGUAGAGCUCUGUAGAGAAAAAAAAUGUAGAGAGAAUUUUAUAAUAGGAAGGUAUACAGUGUGUAGGAUGGGUAGUGUUCUGAGUAUCUGUAUGUAUUGAUAAGAGAAGGCAUGAUGAACGUAGUACACUUUAAUGUAGCUGUUUUAAAUCAUCAUCAUGCCAAUCAAAUCUCUGAUUGUCAUAUUGAUGUGUAGGUGGGUUUAAUAAAUUAUACUGAUCCGUGAGCUGUGAGAGUCAAUAAACUUUGGCUCACUGAAUGUAGCUGCAACGGAUAGCAAUUUAGAAUAUCAUCAUUAAUUGUAAUGUCCUGAUACUAAUUUAUGUCAUUUGUAAACUGUUUAAUGUAUUCAGAACAUAAUUAAAUUAAACAGAACAAAUGAAAAUUAAAGACCACUGAACAUAAACACGA